GCACUAGUUGAUAGCGAACGAGCGAGCGAGCGAGCGAGCGAGUAAGCGUACGUUGUAUGUCGCUUUGUAUCGAUGCCGAUGAAGUUGUAGUAGUAGUAGUGAGAGCGGGCAAGGUGUGUGGCAGUUUGAGUGUGUGUGUGACUAUGCGUGCUACUCGGAUCUUCAUAAAUGGCGCAGCCAUUGUCGUGUGUAAACGUGUGUAUCUCUCGGCCAGCUCAAUAACACCGAAAACAUCGCUAAAGUGAAAAACCGAAAAAUAUCAAGUGUCCACAAUGUCGGAUUCGACAGGCGGCAGCAAAAAACAUCUGACCAGACAACUGCGCGAAAGAAAACAACGAAAAUUGUAUUCAGAUGACUGGGCGCUCGGAGAUGAAGACAUCGAAGGGGCGCGAGUUUUCAGCGUCUAUGAAAAAUUGGAAUCUUCUAAAUUCGAUAAACCAGACAUGAUCCUGGAGAUGCACGGCAGCGAUCUGACUGUGGAAUAUCUUCAGAGACACGGUUUCAACACACCUCUGUUGUUUCGCGAAAAGACAGGUCUAGGACUUCGGGUGCCCACGAAGAAUUUCACAAUCAACGAUGUCAGAAUGUGCGUCGGAAGUCGCAGGGUCCUCGAAGUUAUGGACGUCAAUACGCAGAAGAAUAUACAGAUGACCAUGAAAGAGUGGCAGAAAUAUUACGAAGAUCCAGACAAGAAAGAACUCUUAAAUGUAAUUUCCCUGGAAUUCUCUCACACCAAAUUAGAGAAUUACAUUCAAUCGCCGACCGUUGUUCGGCAAAUUGAUUGGGUCGAUGUGGUUUGGCCUAGAAGAUUAAAAGAGAGCCAAACAGAAUCUACAAAUCUCAUAGACGAAAUGAUGUAUCCAAAAGUUCAAAAAUAUUGUCUGAUGUCUGUGAAGAAUUGUUACACCGAUUUUCAUGUCGAUUUUGGCGGCACGUCUGUGUGGUACCAUAUUUUAAAAGGCAGUAAAGUAUUUUGGCUAAUACCCCCAACAGAAGACAAUCUACAGAAAUAUGAAAAAUGGGUAUUAUCAGGAAAACAAUCCGACGUAUUUUUUGGCGACCAAGUAGAAAAAUGCGGACGUGUAAAGUUAACAGAAGGUAACACAUUUUUUAUACCUACCGGCUGGAUUCAUGCCGUCUACACGCCAUGCGAUUCUUUGGUGUUCGGUGGUAAUUUUUUGCAUUCAUAUGGAAUAGUAAAACAGCUGAAAAUAGCACAAGUUGAAGAUUCUACAAAGGUUCCGCAAAAGUUUCGUUACCCAUUUUUCACGGAAAUGUUGUGGUAUGUAUUGGCGCGUUAUGUGCACAUUCUCUUAGGGAAAGAUCAUCUCUAUGAUGAAAAAAAUGAAAAUGAUAUGGAAGAAGAGGAAGAUAGACAUGAUUCUAGUGCAUUUUUAAAUGGAAAACCUCAUGUCCAUUUAACAAAAAUGGAAUUGCAUGGACUUAAGGAAAUUGUUACAUUCCUUCAUUUACUACCAAAUCAUAAGAAAUCUCUUCCAGAAUUACUACGUAAUGCAGUAGCUUUAAUAAGGGACGUCAGGAAAGUUGUUGAAUUACAUUUUUGUGAUAAUGCCGAAUUGGCAAUUACUGGUAGACCAGUACUCACACCUCUAGAUUCUCCUUAUGGAAAUAAUCUACAACAUCCAUCUGGAGGUAGUUACGUAAGCAAUCAUUAUCUUCAUGAGAAAAGACUUCAUAACAAUUUAACUCCGGUCAGAAGCGUCGGUAGACCGCCAAAAAUUACAUACGAUAGUGAAGGAAAUCCUAUUCCACAUAGAGGGCCAGGAAGGCCGCCAGGUUCUAAAAAGAAUCCUAAUAAUUCAUCUUCGUCUUCAAUUGGUCAUCAUAAUAAUUCUGGUUCUAGUCCAAAUAUGGAUAAGAAUGGCGGACCUAGGAGACGUAGAACGAGGUGCAAAAAGUGUGAGGCUUGUCAACGUUCCGAUUGCGGCGAAUGUACUUUCUGUUUGGACAUGGUGAAAUUUGGUGGUCCAGGUCGCGCUAAGCAGACUUGCAAUAUGCGCCAAUGUUUACAACCGAUGUUGCCUGUUACCGCCGCUUGCGCACUUUGCGGCCUGGACGGAUGGGGAAGACCUCCGGUCGCAACGUCGCAGCAGGUCAGACCCCUACCCCAUCGAGAUGGUGCUCUAACAGCUUCCGCAUUGAUGGAAUGUUGCAUUUGCUAUGAAAUUGCGCAUCCAUCUUGUGUACGAAAGACAAUGUCACCAAAUUCAAUGGGAUCGGAAAACGCGGAAGGAGUUGUUAAUGAAGAUUUACCCAACAGUUGGGAGUGUCCACUGUGUUGCCGUUCUGGUAAAAAUGCAGAUUACAGGCCUCGUCAUUUCCGUGCGCGACAAAAGUCUUCUGACAUUCGAAGAAUGUCAAUAAGUAGUGAUGCAUCUUCUGCAAUUGAGCACAAACAUAUGAUUGAUAAUGAUGGUUGCAAUAGCAAUGGCUCUGAAGACGAAGAAGAAGAUGUUAAACCUACUCUACCUAUCAAGCAAGAACAUGAUGAUACUGAAAUACUCAAUUUGGAUACCAAAAAAAGAAAAAGUGAAGAAGGUGUUACCAUUACAAGCGCUAAAGAAGAACAAUCAGAGCCCCCUAGAAAAUUAGCUGUACGAAUGCAGUUUGCACACCACCUCAGUAGUAAUUCAACUAAGGUACUAAAGAAACCCAUGUACCCCGUUAGGCCUGGACCUUUAACCCAACCUGUGAUAUCUCAUGGAAAUCAUUAUGCUUUGGACACAAAUUGCCUUCUGAAGAUAUUUGAAUAUUUGCCACAAAGCGAACUGUUGAGGUGUGCAUUGGUUUGCAAAACAUGGGCAAAAGUUUCCAUAGACCCAUCACUAUGGAAAGUAAUGACAAUCAAACAGUGUCGUUUAAGUGCUUCAUUACUUUCGGGAAUAAUUAGACGUCAACCGGAGCAUCUAAUUCUAGAUUGGACUACCAUAGCUAAAAGACAAUUAAUAUGGUUGUUGGCUAGGUUACCUACUUUGAAAAUUUUAAGCUUACAGGGCAAUCCUGCAUCAGGAGUCAUAGGUUUAAGGACUUGUUAUUGUCCUCCAAUUCACGAUCUAGAUUUGAGUUUCGUACAAAGUUUUAAUGAUGCUGCUUUACGUGAUAUCUUAUCUCCACCUCUUGAUUCAAGACCAGGUUUGGCUGAUAGCAAAACUCGGUUAAGACAUUUACGAAUUUUAAAAUUAGCUGAAGUAGGCAAGCUCGAAACACCAAAACUUCAAGGGAAGUAUGACACUGGACAAUUAAUUUUACACCGUGUUUUUGGAUAUAGAGGCGUUGUAUUAUUUCCAUGGCUUGCCAGGGUCUAUGACAGAGAUCUGCCAAAUCAGCACCCAACUGCCACCGGGCCUGAUGAUAGCAAUAAUGUGGGGAAAGAAGUUAAAGGAAAAACACAUACGUUUUAUCAAGUUCUUAUUGAUUCUAGGGAUUGUCCGUAUAUAAGAGCCCAAACAGAAGCUGUUACAUUUUUGGGAAAUCAAGAAUCUAGUCGCAGUCUGUAUGCAAUACCAGGGCUCGAUUAUGUAGCUCAUGAAGAUAUAAUACCCUACACAUCAGCAGAAAGAACUCCAUUACAGCAUGAAUUGUUUGAUAAAUUUUUGGCACAUCAUCCAGAGAAAGAUCCCCCUUUUGAAGCUCAAGAUACUUUGCGAGCAUGGCAAAAAAAGAAUCAUCCUUGGCUUGAACUAUCAGAUGUGCAUAAGGAAACAACUGAAAAUGUUCGAGUUACUGUAAUACCUUUUUAUAUGGGCUGCAGAGAAGCACCUGCAGCUUCUGUAUAUUGGUGGAGGUAUUGCAUAAGGCUGGAAAACUUAGGAGAAUUGAGUGUCCAAUUACGAGAAAGACAUUGGCGUAUAUUUUCUCUGUCUGGUACUUUAGAAACUGUUAGAGGCCGCGGUGUAGUUGGGCAAGAACCAAUUCUUAGUCCAAGAUUACCAGCUUUUCAAUAUAGCAGUCAUGUUAGUCUACAAGCUCCAAGUGGUCAUAUGUGGGGCACUUUUAGAUUAGAAAGAGAAGAUGGUCAUACAUUCGAUUGCAGAAUUCCUCCAUUUUCCCUUGAAAGCAAACCUGAUGAAGGUCCCCCAACACCUCCUGAUCAUACCCCAGAACCACCAGAAGUAUCUAACAAUACAGCCACAAGUGCGGGAGCUGCUGUCUGAUUUAGUAUUGGUUUUCCUAUCGUUUAUGUAUAAUCUAAAUUUAUUUUGAUGACUCGUUAAUUUUAGUGUAAUUGUGACAAAAAGUAAAUGUAAUGAUUGUCCAGUGUUUUGAAUGUGGUGAGAAGAAGCCAUCUUGUCAGAGAAUCAGCUUUGUAUAAAUCGAAUGUAAAAUUAAUAUCUGCUGUUAU